UCCCCAGCACCCAGAUUCUGUGCUCUCAGCCUCUGUGUGCAAUAGAGAUAAGAGCAUGGGUCAGGUGCAGAAAAUGGGAAUCCCCAGGAGACUCUGCAAAGGGAUUGUUUGGGUGGAAAUGUUGAGAGGAUAUUUAUGCAAUUGGAAAGUGGCAUCAAGCUGGGAGGGGCUGCAAACCCCAAGGAAAACAGGAUUCAGUCAGGGCUUGAUGUUUUAGAAAAACAAAUAGCCUGAAAAUUGAGUUUGUUUCCAUGAAGUCAAGUACAAGGUUUUAUGUGCCUCAGAGCUGGCUGGGAGAGGUUCCACAGAAAACACAUGGAAUGUAUUUGGGCACAGGCUGAAUGCCACCCCAGUGCUGAGGUCCUGCAAAGCAGGCAGAUGUCCUGUGGCAAUGUGUGAACUGUGACAGCUCCUCAGUUUUGGGGAACAAUCCAGCUUUACUUCACUGCUGAGGGCUCAGCAGGGGAAUUUGGGGUGCUUUGGUACCAAUUUCAUGAGAAUGGGCUGAUUAGAGAGAGCCCAGUCAGAACUGACAGAAAUAAUCCCAGAUCUUGAAGUUAGAAAAUUACAGAGAAAGAUUGAAGGAGGUCACAGGAGAGAAGAGGGAAGGAAACAUCAGAGCCCUCAGGUAUGGAAAGGGAGACUGCCCAGACCUGGACUGCAGCAAGUGAGAUCCUGGCUGGAAACUUGGAAGCCUGCUGGUGAGAAGGGCUUUCCUACCUGCUCUGUGUGCAGCCAUCUCUCAAAGAAAGACUGAAAAACAGCUGUUUGAACCCCCCUCUGCACAUUUAUCUGCUUUCCACGUGCUGGAAGCAUCAAGCACAAGGUUCCAAUCACAUUCUAGAAAGUAGAGAGCUGUAAUUGGAAAUACAUCUGGCCAGCCUGGAAGAGCACUUGGUGUGGAGGGUUGGGUCCUGGGACAGCAGGAGAACAUGGGUUGGGUCCUGAGGAAGGAGGAGAGCACAGGUUGGGUCCUGAGAUAGCAGCAGUGAGAUGAAAACCCUUGAGCCUAAUCCCCAGCUCCCUGCUGCUGUCCUCACUGAAGGGACCAGCCAAAGUUCUCACUGUGGGCUUCCCUGAGAGCAGAAAAAGAGAUUGAUUGGAGCUUUUAAGAGUGAAAGCUGCUGGAAUUCAGAAGCUGCCCUUCCUUCUCCUCCAGAGGAUAUGAUUUCCAGGAAGGGGCUGGUGGCAUCUCUUGUCUGCCUGGGUGGUGUUGCUGCAGUUAUCUGGGCUGUAGCUGGGAGUGGAAAAGUGCACUACCUGCCCUACUACCUUCCCUGCCCUGAAAUCUUCUCCACGAAACUCCAAUAUACAGAAGAGAAGCCAAUCCAGCUUUUCCCCCAAUUAUUUUAUCAGCAGCCAAGAGUGCUGGCGCCAAAGCGCCAGGAUGUCCUGACAGUCACACCAUGGCUGGCCCCCAUCGUCUGGGAAGGGACCUUUGAUCCUGAGAUCCUGGACAGUGCCUACAGACCCCUGAACCUCACCAUCGGGGUGACAGCCUUUGCUGUUGGAAAGUACACCAGGUUCGUGCGUCGCUUCCUGGACUCGGCGGAGCAGCACUUCCUGAGGGGCUACAGGGUGAACUAUUACAUCUUCACUGACAGCCCCCAGAGCAUCCCCCAGCCCCAGCUGCAGCCAGGGCGCAGCCUGCUCACCGUGCCCGUGCAGAGACAGCCCAGCUGGCAGGAGAUCUCCAUGCGCAGGAUGGAGGCCAUCAGCCGGCACCUGGCCCAGGAGAGGCACAGGCAGGUGCAGUACCUCUUCUGCCUGGACAUUGACAUGGUGUUCCACAACCCCUGGGGCCCUGAGACCCUGGGGGACAUGGUGGCAGCCAUCCACCCCGGCUACUUCGAUGUGCCACGAGAGCAGUUCCCUUAUGAGAGGAGGAGCUCCUCAGCUGCCUUCAUCCCUGAGGGAGAAGGGGAUUUCUACUACGGAGGGGCCGUGUUUGGAGGCUUGGUGGAGAAGGUCUAUGAGUUCACCAAGAUGUGCCACAUGACCAUCCUGGCAGACAAAGCCAACGGGAUCAUGGCAGCCUGGCAGGAGGAGAGUCACCUCAACAGGCACUUCCUGUCCCACAAACCCUCCAAGCUGCUUUCUCCAGAGUACAUAUGGGAUGACAGGAAGCCAAAGCCCCCCCAAAUCCGCCUCAUACGGUUUUCCACGGUGAAUAAGAACUACAAAGAGGUCAGAAACUGACCAUCCCUGCAGAGAGAUCCUCCACGAAGCCAAACCCACCAAAAUUAGCCCCUCCAGAAUGUGCCCCACCUUGAAUUUUUGUUCCUGGUAGGAGCAAACUGGGAAGGGAACGUGUGGAUGGAUCCUCUGGAGAACAGAGUCUAAAUGCACUUCAGAAACAGCAAAGUGCAGCUGAGACUGAAAAGGUUUCUGGAUUCCCACUUUUCCUAAAUACGUCCUGCUUGAGGCUGUAGCACACAAAAAAAACAUCUACAAGGCAACUUAUCCACUGCAUGGCUGUAGCUGGCUUUGCCUGAGUGUUUUCCUGAAGCCUGGUGGAAAUUUAACAAGAUCAAAAUGGUAUUUGACAUUCCUGUGGAGGAGAAGACCUUGGGUUUUGGUAAAGACCUUUUCACUUUAAAAAGAGAACGUUGCAGGGCAAUAAGUUUUCCUGAACUGUGAUUUAAACUAAGGCCUUUGGUCAGGAUCAGGAGGAAAACUUGCACUCAGAGCUCGUAAUCCCUGACUAGCGUGCUGCAGGAUUUCUUGGACAUUCUCAGCAGAGAGCUGGUGCCAGGCAUUGCCAGUAAGAGCCCCGGUCUGACAGGACAAACAAUGUGAACUCAUCUAACAGUUAUCUCCCAAAUUCCAGUCAGUGCUUUGGAGACCCAAGUUUAGACAGAACUGGCACAGCUCAGAGCAGACUGAACUUCUCCAGGUUUAUUUCAAUCACAGAUGUGCUCUGAACCUUUUCCCUGGGUCACAUGUCUCUGUGGAUCAUGUAAUCUUUUCCAACACAGAAAAUCUGGUUGUGAGAUGUUCAUGUUCCUCUCUGUUGCUUCAGCCCUUUCCAAUUUUUCUGAGCUCUGUGAAAUAAAUUGGCAAGGAGCUGCUGGAGCUGACAGCACGAGCUGAUGCCUUUCCAGCAAACAGGAUGAUUUCAUUCCACAAUGAAAUGCUCUGGAGGAGCUGGGAGUUCAGCCUGGAGCUGGAAGUGGGCUGGGGUUAACAUUUCCUCUCCUUGGAUGUGCUGAGGAGCUGAACCAGAGCGUUCAGAGCCUGCCAGCUCCCUCGUGGCUGGCAGCUGAGGUCACAGCACAGGGGUGCCUGUGCCACCUCCCUUGUCACAGCAGGGCUGCCAUAAACAUCAUCUCCCUGUGCCACCGAGGGUCUGAGCAUGUCAGUCCCUGCUCUCUCAGGGGGAGCAGCAGAGAGGCAACGGGAGCUGCGGGGAGAGGAGGAGCAGGGUGAAAGGGUGAGCAGGCUGUUUCUAAGGGAACAGUUUGGGGGGGGGAGAGGAAAGCAAAAAGAGGAAAAAACCCCAGCUAAUUUGGCAGAGAGAGGGAAAAUAGGGAAGAGGUGCCUGACUGUUCCUGCUUCUCUUCACAUGAGAAAAUUGCUGUAUGGCAGCGAAUCAAGUAUGCAAAGCUUUAGGGCCCCACCACUGAUUGCAGAUGACUUAACGAGCCAUUUCAGUCCUGUGAGCAGGCUGGAAAUGGCACUUGCCACUGUCAUUGCAGGCAUUUCAUCUUCCAGAAGACUAAUUAGAAAAGCUUUCACGGACCCAUAAUAGAGAUAAGGUACCUGAAAUACCUCCAGCCCCAAAGCUCCAGUGGCAGCUGGGUUGGCUGAUUUGUGCUUAAUCCAGCAAAGGGUCUUUAUUACAUUUUCUCCAGACUUUUCUUAGUGAUGUGGUGCAGGAGAAAGAUGUCUCUUUACAUAACUAAACCAGAACUGAAACCCCUGCCAUGUAUGUUGGGUAACCAGGCACCUCACCUAAGCCAAAAUGGUGAGGAAAAAUACUUAUCCAAAUAUUUCCAGAAAGAUACAUUUCCAAUCAGCCCAGGAUUAAUACU